AUGGGGUCUCUGAGCAGCCGCCAGGACGCGGGUGUGGAGGAUGUGGAGGUGCCGCCGGCUGCGGUUUAUCGAUACCCCCCGAAAUCCGGAAAUUACUUUGCCAGUCAUUUCAUCAUGGGAGGAGAGAGGUUUGACUCCACUCAUCCUGAAGGCUACCUGUUUGGAGAGAACAGUGACCUCAAUUUUCUGGGAGUCCGCCCAGUAGCUUUUCCCUAUGCUGCUCCACCCCCUCAGGAUCCUGUGAAGACAUUACGCAGCUUGAUAAACAUCCGGAAAGACACUCUGCGACUGGUCAAGUGCAGUGAGGAGGUGAAGACUCCAGGUGAGGAACUCCUGAAGCCGAAGGUCUACUACAACGUAGAGUUUACUUUCGAUGCUGACGCGCGUGUGGCCAUCACAAUCUAUUACCGAGCAACAGAGCAGUUUCAGAACGGCUGUGCCAGUUACAUAGUGAAGGAUGACUCCCUCCAAUCGGAGACAGUGCACUACAAACGGGGCGUGUGCCAGCAGUUCUGUUUGCCAUCUCACACCAUCGACCCUUCAGACUGGAUGGAGGAGGAGCUGGUCCUGGAUGGAGAGCACACGGUCUACCCCAUGGUCAUUCACGCGGUGGUGGAUGAAGGAGAUGAACAUCUGGGACAUUCCCACGUGCUACUGACCACGUUUGAUAAGAGUGUGGACGGUAACUGCUCGGUGAAACCUCUCAAACAGAAACAGGUGGUUGAUGGGGUCAGUUACCUGCUGCAAGAGAUUUAUGGAAUUGAAAAUAAGUAUAACUCGCAGCAAUCGAAGGUCCCAGCCGAUGAGCUGAGUGAUAACAGUGCGGAGUGUGUCGUUUGUCUGUCUGAUGUCCGGGACACCCUUAUCCUACCCUGUCGUCAUCUGUGUCUCUGCAAUGCCUGUGCUGACACCCUCCGAUACCAAGCCAACAACUGCCCAAUCUGCCGGCUCCCAUUCCGUGCUCUCCUGCAAAUCCGGGCGAUGAGGAAGAAACUGGAUCCUCUGACACCGAGUGGCUACAACCCUAUCAUCACAUCGCAGCUAGCUGAGACCGAUGAUCAUCCGGCUUCUGAUCAUAUCCCUGUGGGCUAUGAGGUCGUUUCACUGCUUGAAGCUUUGAACGGACCCCUCACUCCUUCACCUUCAGCUCCUCCCAUUCACCGGGUUAGAGAUGGCCUCACACCCAGUCCCUUACCUACCAUUGGACCUGAUGGACGAACACUUCCUGUGCACACUUUGUCUCCAUUGGACAGAGUUUGUGACAACACCAACCAAGGCUUCAAGCUGAAGAAAAGCUCUUCCAAGUCAGUCUCACGCAGCUCGUCCAUUCUUCAUGAGGAAGAUGAAGAGAAGUCAUUCAGUGACGGGGAGAUAGUGUCCCCCAUAAAACAGAACAAUCAGGAGAUUGAGGAUUCGAGUGCUACUCCUGAGAGUGAGAAUGUGACCCUGUCAUCAUCGGGAGCUGUCGACCAAUCUUCGUGUACCGGCACACCACUGUCCUCCACCAUUACAUCACCCGAAGAUGGCAGCAGCAGUCUGGUGCAGUCAGUGAUGUCAAUGGCAUCCUCUCAGCUGAGCACAGACACCAUCUCCUCGAUGUCUGGCUCCUACCAGGCCCCUGGUCCUGAUGGUCUGUUGGAGGGUGUUUCUGAAGAGCGUCUGACCCUGCCGGCCACACAGGAGGAAGAUGAGGAGCUGAAGACCCCAACAGAUGCAGCUGCAGAUGCUCGGUGUGACAGGCCCCACCAUCGAGAUCAGGAUGCUGAGGGUAACGCGGUCAUUGAGGAGGUGUCUGCAUCGACAAAAGGAGAGCUGGAAACUGAAGGAUGGUGGGUAGCAGCUGUAACACCUCGAGUGUGUGAGAAUAACAACGAGCAGCCCAGGCCGAUGCGUUUGGAUAAUGAGCUCUGUCCAGAGGAUGCUGUUCCCGGUACAACUUUGAGUGAUGACCCUGUCCACCACCCCCUGGCGCUCACAGAUAAUACUGACCCGAUGGACUGUGGGGACCCCACUCAUAUCUACGAAUCCCUGAUGGUCUGAACGUAGGAUCAACAAUGAACUAAACUCCAACCCUGUGUGUGACGCCUCCCAGAGUCGAGCAGUUUGGAGGCCAAAGCACUUUGUAGCUGUAGCAGAGCAAUACCUCAAAUGUAGCACAGUUAUAGCACUGAGAUAUUACACCCUACCUCCCGUUCAUCUCUCCAAGUUCCUGUACCUCUGGCCUGUCACUCUCUCUCCCUCCCCAUCACUGCCUCAUUCCCUUUCUCGCUCUCUCUCCCUCCUGUCACUACCUUACUCCCUCUCUGCCAUCACUGUGUGACUCUUUCCCCCUCACUGUCUUGCUGCAUGUUUGGUCAGGGCUGCCUUCGUUUCUCUGUCUGUCUGUUUGGUGAAGCUGACGUCCUACACAACAUAUAAGUGAGGGUUUGAAAUCACGCAUGACCCUCUCCUCUGAGACUGGACGAUAUUUUGCAGUCAGUGUGAAUUGUUACAAUUUCCUGUUGUCCCAGAUCACUCUCAUAACCAGAAUAGAGAGAUCACAAUUAAAAUUUCAGAAAACAA